CUGCUUUUCCGGUAACAAACGUGGAGUCGCCGCUUCCGGUUUGAGGCGGCUGCUGUUGCGGGGCGAAACCUCCAGAGCAGUGUUUGGUAAGAUGAGGGCAGAAGGAGGAGCCACAGAUGCCUGCAGCAGAGGUGUUUGCUGAAACUUCGGGCUUGGUUGGCUAAUAUAGCAAUGUGCAAAGACAGGAUGUUCUUGCUUCUUUGGGAAUCUUGAUCACCUCACUCCUUCCAGAAGCAAUCAGCUGAUGUCUUGGCUCACUGUCUGCCUGAGCGAAUGUCCACAACAGCAUGUGACUGGGUGUCCUCAAAUGAGAGGUGUCUUGCCAGGACUAUGGCAAAUCAGGAAGCCACUCCAGGAAGCCAAUCAGAGGAGAGCAAUGCUUUGGACCUGCCAUCAGCUUAUGACAUAAGGGAUUACGUGUUGCAGAGACCCAGCCAGGAGGCCAACAGUGAGGCUUUUAGUUCUGAGGAAGCCUUUUCUAUUCCUUGCUCUUCUGAUACGGAUCCAGACGCUAGUAACUUAAAUACUGAACAAAAUGAUUCCUGGACCUCUGAGUACUCCUGGCUUGACCCUUCUGGGAAGGGCCCACCAGAGACAAACGCAGAGGAUGCCGGACUUCGGAAAUCUCUGGACACAUUCUAUGAAGUAUUUGGCCAUCCACAGCCAGCCUCUGGAAAUUCACUCUCCACAUCUGUCUACCAGUGCCUUUCUCAGAAAAUCAAUGAACUGAAGGGCAAGGAGAACCAAAAGUACACCCUCCGCAGUUUUCAAAUGGCGCAGGUCAUCUUCAACCGGGACGGCUGCUCCAUCUUACAGAAACAUUCCAGGGACGCCCACUUUUACCCAACCAGAGAAGGAAGUGCGUCUCUGGAGGAUGAAAAGCUGACCCCAGGACUUUCAAAAGAAAUUAUUCAUUUCCUCUUGCAGCAGAACUUGAGGAAAGACCCAUAACUGUUGCCUGGUGAUCACUUCACUGACAUCAUCCUCUGAACGUUCUAUCUAAGAUAUCAUCUGUGACCCAUUUCAGAGAUGUAUGGGAGGAUGGAUUUGCUUGCAGGAACCUCAGAAUUCUAAGGAAGAGAACUGCUACCAGUGUUUUAAGUCUGUGUAACUGUUAUUCACUUCAUUAAUCUGUUUCUUUGCAUGACCUAUAUAUGUAAUAGAUUUUAUUACCGGUAAUUAGCACAAAACAAUACAGUGAUAGUUUUAAAACUUUUAAAAACUUACUUUUUAAACUUUUUAUUGGUUACAAUCACACAGAAAAGUGUUUAUAAGUGAACAUCUUGAAGAUUUUUGCAAACUGAACCCACCUGUUAACCAGCGUCCCGCUCAGGCAGCAGACACUAUCAGCUAGCCCAGGCUGAGCGGAGAUUUUCAAAGAACUGAUCAGAAUGGUUUGCUCAGAUCAACAUUUCUCAAACCACUGGUUGUACACAAAAGAACUUUAGGUGCUAGAUGGACAAUGUUUAUUUUCAUUGUUAUCUAUUCAUUUAUAACUAUAAAAUAUUAUAACUACUAUGUCUGAUCUAUGCUUUUACAGAUAUUACAUAGGAUGCACCUAAUGUAAGUAUUUAAAAUUUUAAAAUGAAUUGAAGUAGUGAAAAAUUAACUUAAUAAUAGUGUAGGUAACAUUUAGAUAUAUCAAUAAUUAUGAAAGGUGGUAUACUGGAAAAUGACUAAAAUUUGGAAUACAGUGGGGUAAUCUAUGGUACUUUCUGUGUUCUAUUCUCUAUUCUACCAUCUCUCUCCUGGAAUACUACAAGGAAGUUCCAUCAGGUCAAGACACAUCCACCUUUUCCAUUCUCUUUACCCUGCAGCCAUAGUGCAAAUCAUUUUAUUUUAUUUUUUAGCCAUACCACGUGGUUUGUGGGAUCUUAUUUCCCUGACCAGGGAUGGAACCUGGGCACCCCCACCCCAGCAGUGGAAGGGUGGAGUCCUAACUACUAGACCACCAGGGAAUUCCCAGUGCAAAUCCUUUUAAAAAGCAAAAUAUGCAUCAAUAGCUAGCAAAUUAAAGAGAAGGAGCUAGCCUUGUCAAAUGUGAAAAUGUUUCUAACUCUACAGUGAUUAAAGCAACUAGAAAAGAAAGAUAGAUGAAGAAUAAUAGUUCAGCCCAUAAAUAGAUAUAAAUGUAGAUGGAAACUGAAUAUAUGAUGAAGGUAGCAUUUCAAAUCCAUGAGGAAAAGUGGAUUUUUUAGCAAAUGGUCUUGGCACAUUUGGCUCCCCACCCUGGGGGAGGAAAGGAAAAAAGGUUAGAUUCUUCACCUCACUCCUGAUAUCAAAAUGAA